UUUGAAGACAUUGAAAUGCCUGAUUUAGAAAACAGGAUAUUUUUCCUAUUUUCUAAACAACCUACUGGCCUAUGUGAAAUAUCUGAAAACCAGGAAGCCCUGGAAAGCCUGAAGGAAGCCGAGGACCUAAUCCAGCAGGAACAUGACAUCCAAUCAGAUGUGAGAAGUCUGGUCACAUGGGGCAACUAUGCCUGGCUGUAUUACCACAUGGGCAGACUGGCAGAGGCCCAGGCUUACCUGGACAAGGUGGAAAACACUUGCAUGAAGUUUGCAGCUCCCUCCUGCUAUAGGAUGGAGUGUCCCCAGAUGGACGGCGAGGAGGGCUGGGCCUUGCUGAAAUGUGGAAGGAAGAACUAUGAACGGGCCAAGGCCUGCUUUGAGAAGGCUCUGGCAGAGGACCCUGAAAACCCUGAAUUCAGCACCGGGUAUGCAAUCACCAUGUACCGCCUAGACAGCCUUAACAUGGCUACAGAGACUAGUGAGGCAUUCUGCCUGCAGCCCCUAAAAGAGGCCAUCAGGCUAAAUCCAGAAGAUGUGUAUAUUAAGGUUCUCCUUGCCCUGAAACUUCAGGACCUGGGACAAGAAGCUGACGGAGAAAAGUACAUUGAGGAAGCACUGAACAACACAUCCUCCCAGACCUAUGUCUUUCGAUAUGCUGGCAAGUUUUACCGUAGGAAAGGCUGUCUGGAUAAAGCUCUUCAGCUCCUAAAAAUGGCCCAACAGGCAACACCCUCCUCUGCCUUCCUGCAUCACCAGAUAGGGCUUUGCUACAAGGCAUUCACGAUCAAAAUAAAGAGAGCUGCAAACUGGCAGCGCAGAGGUCAGGAUAGAGAAAAUGUCCACAGACUGGUUCACUUGGCUAUAUAUGAAAUUGAAAAGGCUUUGAUGUUAAGGCCCACAUUUAAGUUUGCGUAUAUUGAACUGGCUGGCAUGUAUGCAGAAAUAGGGCAAUACACAAAGGCUGAGGACACUUUUCAGAAAGUGCUGUACAUGAAGAACAUUGACAAUCAUCUACAGCAACAGAUUCAUUACCAUUAUGGCCAUUUCCAAGAACAGGACAAGAAAUCUGCAGAUAAAGCAGUCACCCAUUACUUAAAAGCCAUCCAGAAUCCAGCCACCAACCUUCAUGAUGGGCCAGGACUGAAUGGGUCCAAACACUGGCCAGUCACUGAGUCUUUACACUACUGGGAACACCCUUCAGAAUGGUGCCAGGUCCACCGACAUUGGUAAUUUGGUUUUAUCCAA